GCACGCCAGCGAGAACCCGAAGCUGCCGGCGAAGCUGAAGGAGCUGGGGAUCACCUUCAUCGGCCCCCCCUCCGGCGUGAUGGCCGCGUUGGGCGACAAGAUCGCGGCGAACAUCCUAGCCCAGACUGCCAAGGUGCCCAGCAUCCCGUGGAGCGGAGAUGGGCUCACCUGCCAGCUCACCGCAGAGGGGGAGGUCCCCGAAGAGGUCUUCCGGAAGGCGAUGGUGGCCACGGUGGAGGAAGCCUUGGAGCGGGCCGCGAAGAUCGGGUUCCCCAUCAUGGUGAAGGCCUCUGAGGGCGGGGGCGGCAAGGGCAUCCGCAAGGCCACCAGCAUGGAGGAGCUCAAGCUAGCCUUCACCAACGUGUCCACCGAGGUGCCUGGCUCCCCCAUCUUCUUGAUGCGCAUGGUGUCGAAGGCCCGGCACCUGGAGGUGCAGAUCCUGGGGGACGAGUACGGAAACACGCUGGCCCUGAACGGCCGGGACUGCUCCACGCAACGGCGGUUUCAGAAGAUCUUCGAGGAGGGCCCCCCGGUGAUUGCGAAGAAGGAGGUGUUCCGUGAGAUGGAGCGUGCCGCCAUGCGCCUCACGGCGCUGGUGGGGUACCGAG